AUGGAUGCACACGGAUCCUUAACCCGCCACGUCUUUUUUUCCACCAGAACAUCAGAAACGCACUCACUUCAUCGACAUCGUAUCUCACCUUUUCAUUCAGUGAUUCCGGGUUGGAUGUGAAUGUGCCAGAUGCUACUCGAGCCCAUUUUUUACCUGCCUGACCUCUGCCACCUUUUCUGUAACUCAGGCUGCACCAACUCGACGGCGAAUCUCGGUUUUUUAGCAAAGACAACUGCAUCGCACCCUCGAGAAUACAGUCCAUAUGGCGACAGAUGGCUCGACCGAACGCAGGCCGCUUCUUGAAGCUCAGAGGCCUUCAGCAUCAUCCACAACCACGGCCUCUGGUGUGGCAGAGCAAGACGAGCUCAGCGGCGCGCAGUUGUAUCUCACACUAUUCUUUCCAUACCUAGGCCAGCUUCUCCUCGCCAUGGACGCAACCAUCACGACCACUGUGUCUGCGACAAUCGCUUCAGAUUUCUCCUCAUUGGCCAUUGUCUCAUGGCUAGGCUCAUCUUACCUCGUGGCCACAGCUGCUACGCAACCUGUCUCUGGGGGACUCUCCGACCGCUUUGGACGUCGGAGUAGCCUGAUAGUCUCCAUCAUCGCGUUCGGCGUGGGGAACUUGAUGUGUGGGUAUGCGGAGUCUACUAGCGUCAUGGUCGCUGGGCGGGUGGUUGCAGGUGCUGGAGGCGGUGCAAUGAGCAGCAUUACUCAAUUCAUCACGAGCGACAUUCUUCCACUGAGGAAACGGCCAUUGUGGCAGGGCAUUGGGAAUGUCGUCUGGGCCGCCGGAAUCGGACUUGGUGGAGUUGUCGGCGGUGCGAUCAACGACUGGAUCGGAUGGCGAUGGGCGUUCCUGGGCCUCACGCCCUUGACGUUGCUGAUCCUGCUCGGGUCUAUCUUGACUCUUCCGUCCAAGAUGGACAAAACACAGGGAGUCAAUCUGCAUCUCGACUAUCCUGGAGCCAUACUACUCUCAACUUCACUUGUUCUGCUGAUACUCGGCCUCAACCUGCUGGAAGGAGGCCAGGCCGACAUUGCUCCAUUGGCACUUCUCGGCAUAGCGGCAGUCCUUUUGCUCUUCUUCAUCGUCUUCGAAUUCCAAUAUGCCACGGAACAGAUCAUACCAAUACAGCUUCUGGGCAAUCGCAGCAUUGCUGGAGUCUGUAUGUCCGGCUUCUUCGUCUCUGCGUCAAUGUACACGUUACUUUUCUACGUUCCGCUACUGAUACAGGUCCGCGGUUUCACAACGAGUGAAGUGGGCAUCCAGUUUCUGGGCGAGGUAGCUGGUGCGUCAAUUGGGUCGUUUGCUACUGGAGCGACCAUGCGGGCUAUUGGAGGCUACGGCCUGCUCAAACCGCUGGUAUACCUUGUCUUUGUCGCAGCUCCCCUCCUCUUUUUCCUCAGUACUCUGGACUGGCCCAUCUGGACGACUGUGGUGUCACUGAUUGCCAUGGGUAGUGGUUUCGGGAGUGUUUUGACAGUCAUUGUGACGGGCUUGCUGGCGGUCACAGAGCAGCGCAUCCAGGCGCCAGUCACGGGAAUGCUGUACGCCUUUCGACAGGCAGGGUCAUCCAGUGGUCUUGCGGUUGCAGGCAUCCUUUUCAGAGUUCUGGUCACGAAAGAGCUUGGCACUGGCGCGACAGUCGAUAACAUCGGUCGACUGUGUCAUCGAAAGGGCGAGCUUGUGCAACAUCGACCGGAGAUCUGCGUGGCAUAUGGACGUGCACUGCACUGGACGUUUCUGUAUUCCUUUAUCUUGAGUGUGAUUGCAUUUGUCACUGGUAUGAUGCUUCGCAACGUGUCUCUGGACCGAGAAGAGACGAAGAAUCAGAUUGAGAGAGCUCUGCCUACCGACGGGGAUUCAGCACCGUAGCUGGACCGGCAAUUAACAAAGGCGCGAUAUUGCCACCAACUACGAAGCUUGACGGAAGCCUGGAGCCUCACAUGCCAUCAAACUUCUGCCAGGGCGGCAAGCAGUUCGUGCGUUGCUCGCUCGAAAUAUCUGAGGACUAGCUGCGUCUCGACUGAAGAUUGCCCAUAACAGGUCCUGCAGAAACCCUCCUGCAGUCCCAAAACCCCAGCCAUUCUCCCUAUCUGUCUCAACACUCUGCAUUCCCGUCGUCUCCAAAGCCAGAUCCCACAUCCCCCACGUCGAUGAUCAGGCCUUUUACCCGAGCGCCU